AUGCAAUCAAACGAUACGAUUAACAUUUCUAAACCUUCUACCCCACUGGAUACCACCAUCACUUAUGCAGAUAAUGACCGUGAUUCUUUUAUAGCCGAAAUAACAAAACAACUUGACGAUUAUGAUCAUAAGUUCAAUAAGCUAUUAAAUGAGCUUUCUUGGUCUAGAGAAUUUCUGGAAUCUCGUGAGGAGGAAACACAAAAUUGGGUUAUCUGUCCAUUUGACGCUUCUCAUAGAGUGCCACAUAAAAGUUACGAGGCGCAUUAUAAACGUUGCGAGUUAAAGUAUCAUGGAAUCAAGAAAGAGCGUGGCAUGCAACGUCAAUUGCCUAGUUCGACUUUUUAUUACAAGGAUGCACCAUCGGUUAUCUCCCUUUUAGAAACAGACGAAUUACGAAAAACCGCCAGGGCUGCUCCAAGCAUUGGCCAAAGUCCGACUGUGGAACAACGUCUCUCAGAGUAUUUGAAAGCUCUCUCAGACUCUAAUCAAAUACGACUGGCGCAUCACAAUCGACAAAAACGCGAUGUGUAUCAGAACUUUGAUGAAGUCUGGGAAAAUCUUCAAAAGUUUAAAGAACAAAAUCAGGGGUUAAAAUCUCGUGAAGAAUUGCUGGCUGAACAACGAGACUACAAACGUCGAAGAAAAUCUUAUCGCGCAAAAAAUAUAAAGGUUACUCAGCGGACUCCUACUCUAAUUCAUCGCGAUAUUAUUGCUGCUUACAUGGAAGAUUUUAAACUUUUACGAGAAUUUGAGCAAAAUAUGAUGGAUCAAAAAGAACAAUGA